UCGCAGCACUAUAUAAGUGCACCAACUUGGUUUCUCUACAGAUUACAAAUAAUCAACCGUCCAAAAUGAAUAUUCAGCUCCUCAUCUUUCUCACAGCACUGACCACAGUAUUCGCUGUUUGUCCCACUAACUGGAGUGCACACAAUGACAGAUGCUUUUUCCUCAGCAAAGACAACGAGACGCUUGCCGGAGCAUUGAAACUCUGCCAAGCAAUUGGUUCUCAGUAUGGCAGGACUGCGUCUUUGGCCACAGUGGACGAUGUCGCGACACAGAAAUUUCUUGAAAACCCCGUCAAACAGUCUGGAUACCAUGGUUUCUACAUCGGUUUAACUGAUAUCGUCGAAGAAGACACAUUUGUUUGGAUAUCCUCCGGUAAAACUGCUACCUAUACCAACUGGGGUACCAUCCAGCCUAACAACAGAUAUGGAAACGAAAAUUGUGUGGUCUUUCGAAAUGAACCAGGCUAUGUAAUGACGUGGACAGAUGAUCCUUGCACCGAUCUCAACAAUUAUAUAUGUGAAAUGGCUGUUGCUGAGAUUCACGUACGCCAUGCUGUAUAAAGAUGUCCUUACUCUAACUUGUAUUCUGUGUUAUGAAUGUUUUCAAUAAACAAUUAACAAAUCAA